UCUCUCAAUAAUUUUCUCUAUUUUUUGGAAGAAAAAAGUUUUAACGAAGUAAAAUGAACUUAAUAUUAGAACAGGUCGGCAGCGUGUUUUCAGCCCCCGAUUCGCUGAAAUUUGUCUCUGGUUUGAUGGUUUUGUGGGGGAUUUCUAAUUUAGUCACGCUUCAGUUCACCACGGCCCCUUACGGAAGAUACACUCGCCCUGGGUGGGGAUGCCUCCUGCCUGCCAAGCUUGCCUGGUUCUUACAGGAGUUACCAUCCUUUGUUGUACCGCUUGUAGUACUCUCAAGGUGGCGCUCUGAUGAAUCAGUGAAUAUCCAUGGAAACAACAAGAUUUUGAUUGGAUGCUUUCUAGUACACUACUUUCACAGGACUUUCAUUUUUCCGCUGAGGAUAAGGGGAGGUAAACCUAUUCCUUUGUUUCCUUUCAUGGCCGCCGUUUUCUUCUGUUCAGUGAACGGCGCUUUACAGACGUAUGGAAUACUCCUACCGAAUACUGAGAUCCACUACUGGUUCCAGAAGGCAAGAUUCUGUCUUGGUAUAAUGUUAUUUUUUACGGGGAUGUACAUUAACAUCCGGUCUGACAAUUUGCUGACGUCACUAAGGAAAGAGAAAGAGGGCACAUAUCAAACUCCAAGAGGAUUUCUAUUCGAGUACGUCUCUGGUGCUAACUUCCUGGGAGAAAUCGUAGAGUGGAUCGGCUUCUCUGUGGCGUGUAACAAUCUCCCCUCUUUGGCCUUUGCUGUAUUCACCCUGUGUAAUAUCGGCCCUAGGGCUUUCCAUCAUCACAGAUUUUAUCGGGAGAAAUUUGAAGAUUAUCCAAAGGACAGGAAGGCACUGAUUCCCUUUGUUCUUUAGAAAUGAGUUCAAUCGUAGGGAUUAUGCAAUAAAUACACUUACAUUUGUA